CCGAGGUGGUAGCGGCCGGAAACAACAAGAGCUACGGCUUUUUCAAACUCCAUCGGCUGAUGAAGUCCACAAGAUGUGGUGAAAGCUCCAGACCAAAUAAUAAACAGCCGGGUGACAGUGAUAUUACGGUCGACAUGUAAGAGCUGGAUAACUAAUUGCUGUGUGACCGACACCCAUCUGCAGCUGAUCACAAUACAAUGAAAAAGGAUGAGCCCUGAUGAGGUCAGUAGAUCCGUACUGAUUGGAGACAUGUUUUAAGGACGACAUCUAAGCCACCAUGAAAGGGUUAGGAGCCAACCGCAGUCGUCACCUGUCUGACUCUUGUGAACCAGCAGGUUGCCCCCAGAAGCCUCUCUAUCCUUUGACCUCUGACCCUCACAGCUCCUUUCUGUUGAGCCCCACCAUAAAUCACUAUGGCACCUUGGACCCCCAUCUCCACCAGUGCCCUCCCACCAUCCCCACCCCCAUGACCCCUGACUGCCUGCUGCCUUUUAGCCAGAUGUCCAACAGCAGCACCUUCCCUCGUCUGCACUUCACCACCCAGACUGACCAGGUUGACUGCUCCCAGGCCUGUAUGGCUGGGGGUGGUGGAGUUGGGCAGGGCAGCAGAGCAGGUCCACUGUCCACAUCCUUGUCUAUGGGCAUGGGCUUGGGUCUGGGCCUUACUGGUGCUCCUAUGAUCACCAGUGGAUCAGCCACCAUCUCCACUGCAGCAGCAGCCAAGAUGAAUCGGUUACCCUCCAACCUUUUGGAUCAGUUAGAGAGGCACCUGCCCUUACAGCAUGAUGGCUUCAGUACGCUGCAGUUUCAUAGAGGACGGAUGUCGAAGCAACGCAGUGAAAGCCCAGGACGCAUUCGUCACCUGAUGCACUCUGUGCAGAAGCUAUUUGCCAAGUCCCAGUCCCUGGAAAACUCUGCAAUCAAAGGCAACAUAAACGGCCGUUCUGCUGGAGGAAUGACUGGCACCACGGGAGCUGGUGAGGAGGGUGGUAGACCAACACGCAGGAGCAAGAGUAAAGACAGGGCUAAAACUGAGGGGCCAAAGCAGAGACCUAGACCUAAUGCACUAGGCCUCUGGAGCUCAGACGAUGCCCUGGACACUGACACAACCAAAGCUGGCACUAUUGCUGUAGGUUACCGCAACCCAUUGACCAUGAUGACCCUUGGCAGAGCGGUGUCAGACAGCCAGGCCCCUCCCAGACAUAUCCCACAGGGCUACCAUACCAUUUCUGCACAUACUCUCAAGACCUCCAAAAGCAGCAGUGACCUCAAGUUUCUGGCAUGCCAGGCGACACAGGUAGGAUUGAAGGAAGAGGAGGGAAGAACCAGGCGAAGCAAGGAUGAUAUACUGGUGAAGAGGGGCUCCUGGUCCACUCUCACCCUCAGCCAGGCCAGGCAAGUGUUGCAGAAGGGCUCUGCUACUGUUAACAGGACCCUGCUUAAAUCAAAGUCAUGCCACCAAGACCUGGCACAACAUUUCCUUCAGGUAGGAGGGCCAGUCCCACUGGGGGACUGGACAGGAACUCUGGGUCGAGGCCGGGCCAGAGGAACUGAGAUCCCCUGUCGAAGGAUGCGCAGUGGCAGCUAUGUGAAAGCUAUGGGAGACUUAGAAGACAGUGAGGACUCAGAAGGAAGUCCCAAACCUUCCCCCAAAGCCACAGCACGUCGCCAGAGCUACCUGAAGGCCACCCAGCACUCCCUGAGUGAGCAGCAGCCACCUCUCCCACAACGCAACUCCCUGCCUUCCCUGAAAGAGCUUUCGACUAAUCGGAGCCUCGAUAACUUAGACUGCUUGGUGAGCCCGUUGGAGGCCCCUCCACGCUACAGAAACAAUGAUUUCAGCCAUUGCUCCGGCACACUGGGCAGAGGCUCGGGCACUCAGCGUGUGAGUCUGCACACGUUCUUACAGGUAUACGGGCAGGGCUGUGGGCACUCAGUACCCUACUGUGAGGGAGAAUCACAGGCAGUGGAGGCUCUGGAUCUGCCUGCGCCCACGUGCUUCCGGUCGCGCAGCCACAGCUACCUGCGGGCCAUUCAGGCAGGCUGCUCCCAGGAUGAAGAUACGGCCUCUGUGGACUCAGACUCACCACCAUUCAUCAGUACAGGCUACAGCUCCAACACCAUCAGCAAUAGGAAGGCUCCUCCUCCUGUCCCACCCCGCACUAUAUCCAAGCCCCUCAUCUCAGUGACGCUGCAGAGCAGCACAGAGUCAGCCCAAGACAUAUACCUUGACCAGCAGGACCGCGGCAGUGAGGCCAACAGCCAGUCAGGACGCAGCAACUCCUCUGACAGUCUCUGUAGCAUCCGCACGGGCAGUCUGGCUAAGGGGGCCCGACCUCCACCAGUCCCUGUCCCUGCUGCAACCCCUGCACCCGCUGCAGGCUCUGUACAUCCUGUUCCAGCCCCUCGUGACCUUCCUCCCACCACCACCACCACCACUGUUGCCACUACCAGCACUUCCACAUCUACCCAGUCCCAAAAUGACACCCUGAGCUUUGGUUUCACCAUAGAGCAGCCCCCCACAGCAACCAAGAGGAAACUGUCCUCUAUUGGAAUUCAGGUGGAUUGCAUUCUGCCAGUCUUAAAAGAAGAACCUCUACCCCUGACUGCACCCCUUAAAUUUCAGUCAAUUGGAGUUCAAGUGGAGAACGGCAGGCCUCUCAGCCGGGAUAGCAGCAUGGCCUCCAGACAGAAUACAGAGACUGAGCCUCAGGAGUCCCAGGAUGCCGCACCCACAGAAAACAACACAGCCAACUGCGCCAACAGUCAAACAGGGAAUGCCACCACACCUUGCAGACAGGACAAAGCCAUGGAACAGCAGCCCCUUAAACACACCUCAGCCCCAUCCAGGAUAUCCACCUCGCCCCCGGAGACUCUGGACCCAGCUUUGGACCCCUCCUCGCUUCCACCGCCAGAUCCCAGCCUGGAGACCGGAAACUGCAGCAUCCAAGGAGACGCUGUUCAGCCCGGUACGCCAGCUUGCCUCCGAGACGGUAACUGGUUUCUGAAGCUGCUGCAGGCGGAAACGGGGCGCAUGGAGGGCUGGUGUCAGCAGAUGGAGCAGGAGACCAAAGACAACAAUCUGUCAGAGGAGGUUUUGGGGACGAUCCGUAGUGCAGUAGGCAGUGCUCAGCUCCUCAUGACAAAGAAGUUUGAGCAGUUCAGAGGGCUCUGUAAUGAGAACUUGAACGUAAAUGCCAACCCACGACCAACAGCGCAGGACCUCGCAGGGUUUUGGGAUCUGCUACAACUCUCAAUAGAAGACAUCAGCAUGAAGUUUGAUGAGCUCUUCCAACUGAAGGCUAACAACUGGCAACUUCCUGAGAAAUCAGAGAAGAAGGAUGAAAACAAGCAGCUUCCAUCAUCUGUGCCAAAGAAGCAGACUAAGCCCAAGCUGUCAGCGGGGAAGGACAGGAGCGUGGACUCGGCUGGAGACAAACAGCGGCAAGAAGCCAGGAAGCGUUUGAUGGCAGCAAAGCGCGCGGCUUCAGUACGGCAGAACUCCGCCACGGAAAGCGCCGACAGCAUCGAAAUCUACGUCCCCGAGGCCCAGACCCGCCUCUGAGAGUGAACCAGCACAGAUCAUCGAGGAAAAUCCGGACUCCCUUCAGACAUUCAUUGACACAAACACACAGACAGAUCAGAGACGAACACACAGACGUACAACGGAUGCACAGAGGCCGAUCCCUCCUAGCAACACAGCUGAUGGCAGGAGAGACGCAGGGAUCACAGGGCAACGAAACCAUCCAGAAUAAUGCAGAUUAUCACCCUGCUGCCAUGGGACAGAAAUAACCUUGACAUAUGUUUAAUAUUAUUGUUAUUAUUGACAUUAUAAUAAUUAUUAUCUCCUAAAAUAUAUUCAGGACUGUCUUAAAUGUGCAAGUGUCUUGGAUAAGGACAUCCUGUACCUUGUGAGCUGAAGAAUCUUGGUAUCCCAGAAGUUUUCUCUCUUAAACCUCCCUUCACUGCUGAGUCUACCAGAAAGUUGUGGCUGCCUGGUUUACGAGCUGAACCACCAUCCACACACAUACACACAUACACACCACACACACACACGCACACACUCCCACACACACUCAGGACACACAUGCAGGUGAACUCACUGUCCACAGAGUCUUCCUCUACUCUAUUUGUAUUAGGCUGCCACUCGUUGGGUGUGGUGCGUACGCUGUACUGUGUACGAAUUAUAAGAUGGUGUUAAUCUUCUAAGGGGUUUAAAAAUGCAGAGAACCAGAGGAAGGCAGUAGCAUAUAUAUUAUAAAUAUCACACUAUUACAAUGUUCAUUUUGUAAAUGUUGUAUACAAGAUUAUUUGUUAGAAAGAGGUCAGUGUUCAGUACCAAGGUAGUUUUUUUAUAGAUUGAGUACAUGUACUAUCAUGAUAUAUUAGCACUUGAUGCAAUCAUUCACGCCACCUCUCUCUUCCUCUCCUUUUCACAAACACGCACUACACAGUCUGUGUCUGUGAAUACCUAUGUUUAAAGUCUUACAUUUAUUUUGUUUUUGUGAAGGGAUGUGAGGAAUGACUGUCCUGCCAGUGAGCUACCGAGGAAUGUAUGAAAUUGUAUGCAUUUACAGCUCAUGUUGACUUGAUCACUGCACUUUCCAUUCACCUCAGAUCAAGUUUGCUCACCUUCAUUUCCCUAAUCAUUCUGACUUUCACUGCAUCCUCAUGCGAUGCAGGGGACCAAGACAUUCACCACUUGAUAUGGCAUUCCCAUUCAACAAGACUAUGUGUGAUAGGGUCAGGGUUUACUUGCCACCGGGAAGGAUAUGGACUAGCAUAGCAAUAAUAAAGCGUAUUAGAGCGAGCAAUGCAGUAGGUACCCAGUCUUAAAUUAUUUAAUUCAGCAUUUCCAAUAUGACUUUCUUAGCAUGAAGGAUGAAUGUUUUUUUUUUUUACUUUUAUGAACUGACUGCCCUUGAAAUGACUAAAAUCUCAGGUUGAACACAAACUCAACAGUAAAAACCACUAUGGCUCGAUUAUUUAUUAUGUAACCACAAAUUAACUGGCUGAAUGCUUCAGAGCAAAUUACCAAUAUUUUAAAUCCUGGCCUACUCUGUGUUCAUCAGUAAGAAAAAUUAGGUUUGGUGCAAUGAAGUACAGGCUUAAUUUGGCUACUUAAAUCGCCGGUCUCCUUCGCUGCCCUUUCUAGCAGCUUGAACUCCCACCCGUUUGUUUAUAAUGAACUGUGGUACAUUUUUUUUUUUUUUUUUUUUUAAAUUUUUUAAUGUCAUUUGACACGUUUGUGACUUUCAUCUGAAAUGAGGUCGACCUAACUAUGUCUCAACUUCUGUACUUUUAAUAAUCAAUGGUGCUGCGAGGGACUUCAUAUUGUGCCAAGAAGAUGGCAAUGAUCAACAUUUUGGUGUCAUUGGCUAAAGCUUUUAUGCGAAGUGAUUUUAUUUUAAUUUUUUAUUUAUUUAAUCUGCUCAUGAAUUCUGAAGUCUGUGUGCACAUUCUCAGCCAAGUUUGUUUGUGUUACCAUCUGCUCACUCCAGAUACGCUAUGCCUUGUCUCUGACUCAACUCAUGACACUUUGAGUAUGGGACUGGAAUAUUUUCCACGUUUCAGUUUUCUCAGAUGGAAAUACAAGUGCCAAAGGGUACAUGAGUGGAACUGGGCAUAGCAGAUACCCAUGCACAAGUGUAGGUUGACGCACUAGUUUUUCUUUUUUAGUAAGAGCUGGCUCUCCCCCUACUGGUCAGUCUUUGCGUGACACUCCAGACAUCUUGUUCUGCUCCAUUUUGAAUCUUUUUUUUU